AUGUCUGAGGAAAGUGAUCCAAAGCACUACCUGUACUCAACCCUGGAGGGUAUGGAAAGGAACCGAGAAAGGGUCGGCUUCCAGAUGAAGGAAGAGGAAGGACCUCCACGCACCGCCAUCAGCAAACUUCACCGAAUGGCCAACAGUUACAAGAAAGGUUGCGGCGUUCGUGACGGGGUCGAGCUGGACGCCGAGCUGCGUCUGGCAUCCGAGGGGAGCGAAAGCAGCCACGAGAACUCGGCCUCGGCCGGCUCCCCGCACGAAGACAGGAAGAGACAACGCGCACCCAUGCACGAGGAUGUAGAGAUGGGCGGCAGCGGCUCCAGCGGCAGCGGGACAGAAUCCCACGGCAACGAGUCGCAUGGCAAUGACUCCCACGGCAACGAGUCCGUGGGCAGCUCAAGCGGCAACGGCAAGGAUUCUGCUCUUAUGGAGUCCUCGGGCAGCAACAAGAGCUCAAACUCUCACAGCCCGUCGCCGCCGAGCAGCUCCAACGCCUUCAGUCUGGUGAGCUCCGAGCAGGACAACCCUUCAACCAGCGGCUGCAGCAGCGAACAGUCCGCCAAAGCUAAGACACAGAAGGAGCUUUUCAAGACCCUCAAGGAGCUGAAGAAGCACUUACCGUCAGAAAAACGAAGCAAGGGCAAGCCGAGCACGGUCAACACGCUGAAGUAUGCGCUCCGAUGUGUCAAACAGGUGAAAGCUAAUGAGGAAUACUAUCAGAUGCUGAUGAUUAAUGACAGCCAGCCGCCAGGGUUCGAUGUCUCAUCCUACACCAUCGAGGAAAUCAACAGCAUCACCUCCGAAUACACCCUCAAAAACAACGACAUUUUUGCUGUCACCGUCUCGCUCACCACGGGGAAAAUAGUUUACAUCUCGGACCAGGCGGCGUCCAUCUUGAACUGCAAGCGGGAAGUGUUUAAAAACGCCAAGUUUGUGGAGUUCCUGACGCCUCAGGACGUCAGCGUGUUCUACAGCUUCACCACGCCAUACCGCCUGCCCUCAUGGAGCAUGUGCACCGGAGCAGACUCGUCCCCCACGGAGUGCAUGCAGGAGAAAUCCUUCUUUUGCCGCAUCAGUGGUGGCAAGGAGCGUGAAGGAGCUCUGAAGUACUACCCUUUCCGUAUGACUCCGUACCUGAUGAAAGUCCAGGAUGCUGAGCUCGGUGAGGAACAGUUCUGCUGCCUCCUGCUGGCCGAGAGGGUGCACUCUGGAUACGAAGCACCCAGAAUCCCCACUGACAAGCGCGUCUUCACCACCACACACACACCUAACUGUGUGUUCCAGGAUGUGGAUGAGAGGGCCGUUCCUCUGCUGGGUUACCUCCCUCAGGACCUGAUCGGGACUCCUUUGCUGCUCAAUCUGCACCCGAGUGACCGACCCUUGAUGCUGGCUGUGCAUCGGAAAAUUCUGCAGUUUGUUGGUCAGCCAUUCGACCACUCCUCGAUCCGUUUCUGUGCGCGAAACGGCGAGUACGUGACCAUCGACACCAGCUGGUCCAGCUUCGUCAACCCCUGGAGCCGCAAGGUCUCCUUUGUCAUCGGCAGGCACAAAGUGCGCAUGGGUCCUGUGAAUGAAGAUGUUUUUGCAGCACCAGCUUUUCACGGAGGGAAGAUCAUGGACUCAGACAUCCAGGAAAUUAGUGAACAGAUCCACAGGCUGCUACUCCAACCGGUCCACAACAUUGGCUCCAGCGGUUACGGUAGCCACGGCAGCAACGGCUCCCACGAGCAGAUGUUGAGCAUCAGCUCGUCCAGCGAGAGCAACGGGAUCACGGCGGCGGGGAACACAGCGGAGGAGGCAAACAAGGCCAAGCCCCCCAGGACCUUCAAGGAGAUCUGUAAAGGGGUCCACAUGCUGAAGAACCAGGAAACCCAGGUCGGCCUGCGCUCCCCACCUCCUUCACCCUCACUGUCGCCAUCCAAGCCCGAGCAGAAGAAAACCGCUGACACAUCAGCUCCAAAGAGUCCCGCAGUGCGUGUGAAAGACUCAGCGGCUCCUCUGCAGGUCAAAGACAGUACUGCAGCCAGCCCUGAGGACUACGCAUGGAAAGACCAGACUGUCUGCUCCUACCAGCAGAUCAGCUGCCUCGACAGUGUCAUCAGGUACCUGGAGAGUUGUAACAUCCCCAUCACAGCGAAGAGGAAGUACCAGUUCUCCACCAACACCACCUCCUCCAACUCAGAUGACGACAAGAAGGGCUCAGAGGAUGGCAUGCAGGUGUCUCAGGACACAAAUCAAGACACUUUGAUGCUAGGAGCCCAGCCAGGCCUGUCCACCAUGAAAGCACAUAAGAAGCCUUCAUCUGGGACAGCCGCUGUGGUGGGAGGUCCGCUAGCACCGCUCACCCUGCCCAGCAAGGCCGAGAGCGUGGUGUCCAUCACCUCCCAGUGCAGCUACAGCAGCACCAUCGUCCACGUGGGAGACAAGAAGCCUCAGCCAGAGUCUGAGAUUAUCGAGGACGUGGCAGAGAGCCCUGCGCCCGUGGCUCUGCGCCCGUGGCUCUCCAGCCAGGAGGAGGAGGCCUACAAGCGUCUGGGUCUGACCAAGCAGGUGCUGGCUGCUCACACCCAGAAAGAAGAGCAGGCCUUCCUCCACCGCUGCCGAGAGCUCCACAACGCCAGGACCCUCCAGAAGGACUGUUUCACAAAUCUGCACAAGCAGAGAGGGCCGGCUAACGCUGAAGAAUCAUCUGCACUACGAGCUGCAACCAAACAGGGCACCACCAGGCCCGAGACUACCGCCAAGAGAGGCAGCCGCAACAGGAAGUCCAAGAAGCCCCGGAUGAAGCAUCCUGAUUCCUCAGAAAGCGGCGCGUCGGACCGCAAACCCCGGCCCCCUCUGCAGGGCCUCAACCAAACCUCGUGGUCCCCGUCGGAAGCAUCCCUGUCGGCUUUUAACGUCUCCUACCCGGCCAUGGUGCCCGCCUACCCGCUCUACCCCGCAGCUGCAGCCUCAGUUCAGGCCCCCUGCCCCGACCCCUCCCUGUCCACAGGCUUUGGGGAUGGACAGAGCACUCAAGGCCCGCAGACUGCCUCUCCGUUUGGUGCACCGCUUGUUACACCUGUGGUGGCUCUGGUGCUGCCCAAUUACAUCUUCCCCCAAAUGGGACAGAUGGGUCAGAUCGGGCAGCUUGGGGCUGCUCCUAGACCAGCGUUUUUCCCUGAUCCGACCCAGACGCAACCUGCAUACCCCGCUCAGCAGGCCUUUCAGGCCCCACAGCCAGGCUACGCCAUGCAAACGCAGCCCUUCACCAGCCAACCGCCGUUCCCAUUGCAGACUGCCUUUACCCCCAGGCAGCCUUUCGGAACCACACAGACCCCCUACACUGCAGCGCAGCCUUUCCAGGCCCCUCAGACUGCCUACACUCAGACUGCCUACACUACCCAGCAGCAUUUCGCUGCCCAGCCUUCUUUCCCGAUGCAGACUCAGUUUGUGACUCAAGCCCCGUAUGCACCUCAGCCGUUCCCCUACAGCCUGGCCGCCGAGUCGCCCAAAUCCAUGGCCGCUGAGCUUCGAGAGGGGGCGGCGUCACGCUCCUCCACGCCGGCCUCCGUGGUGAGGGAGCCGACGACGUCACCGCCGCUGUUCGAGUCGCGGUGCAGCUCGCCCCUGCAGCUCAAUCUGCUGAGCAUGGAGGAGGGACAGCGGCAGGACAGCACAGCGCCGCUUGCUGGAUGCCAUGGCAACGCCUCAGCAACAGCAUCAGGGGCAGCUGGAGCAGCAGGGGAGAAGGUCGCCAAGACCGAGAACCACCAAGAGGUGAGAUCUCAAGGAGACGGGGCUAACAGUGACGGUAACUCCUCAUCCUGCGACUUGCUGGACAUCCUGCUGCAGGAGGACUCCCACUCCGGGACCGGAUCAACCUCUGGCUCCACGGGCUCCGGAAUGGGCUCUGGAUCUGGUUCAAGGUCGGGCUCGGGCUGCAACGGCAGCGGCACAUCAGCUAGUGGAGCUUCUGGCAGCAGAACAGGGAGCAACAACACCAGCAAAUACUUCGGCAGCAUCGACUCUCUGGAACACGACCCCAAGUCCAAAGCCAAGAUGAGAGGCGAAGGAGACUCCGAAGGCGGCCAGUCGCAGAACAAGGUUUCAGUCCGAGGCGACGGGGAGCACUUAAUCAAAUACGUUCUCCAGGAGCCCAUGUGGCUGCUGAUGGCCAAUGCUGACGAGAAGGUCAUGAUGACGUAUCAAAUGCCGUCCAGUGACAUUCAGAGGGUUCUUCGAGAAGACAAGGAGAGGCUGAGGCAGAUGCAGAAGGGCCAGCCUCACUUCUCCUCUGACCAGCGUAGAGAGCUGAUGGAGGAACACCCCUGGAUGAGGAGGGGAGGUCUGCCUGCUGCCAUCAACGUGAAGGAGUGUGUAUACUGCGAGGAUGCAGCGGCAACCCCCGUCGAGGAGAACCUGCCACACAUGGACAUGGGCGAGCUCGGCGAGGAUCUGAACCGAGAGAACCAGAACGCCCAGAACAAAACAGAAAAGUCUCAGCCUCAAACAGACACUGGCUCUUGA